GGGGUGAGAUGGGAACGUAGCUAUUUGUUCUUCAUUUGAGGUCUGUCCUCUGGAAGAGAAAGAAUUUUGGCAGUUAGAGCUUUUUCACUAAUUGUGCAUGGUGCUUCGUGAACAGAAACGGAGCAGUCUGGAGUCCAGCAUCUGAGGACACACCAGGUGGAAGAGUUUGGAGUGCUUGAUGCAGUUGGUGAGAGCUGGAGCCACACUUGAUGUUUCCACUACACGUUAUGCACAGACCCCAGCUCACAUUGCUGCUUUUGGGGGACAUCCUCAGUGCCUGAUCUGGUUGAUUCAAGCAGGAGCCAGCAUUAACAAACGGGACUGUGAGGGUGAGACUCCCAUUCACAAAGCGGCUCGCUCUGGGAGCCUAGACUGCAUCAGUGCCCUGGUAGCUAACGGGGCUCACAUCGACCUGAGAAAUGCCAGUGGCCUGACAGCAGCAGACAUUGCUCAUACCCAGGGUUUCCAAGAAUGUACCCAGUUUCUCUUGAACCUCCAGAAUUGUCAUCUAAACCGUUUCUAUAAUAAUGGCACCUUAAAUGGGGGCCAUCAGAAUAUAUUUCCUAAUCAUGUUAGUAUGGGAACAAAUCGCAAGAGAUGCUUGGAAGAUUCGGAACCCUUUGAAGUGAAGAAAGCUAGAACCGAAGCUCAGAGCUUGGAUUACUGCAUGCCGCUCGUGAACAGCGAGGCAGAAGAUGAUGCUGACAAAAUGCACAUCGAUAGAGAGUUUGCUGUUGUAACAGAUAUGAAAAACAGUAGCUCCGUAUCGAAUACAUUGACAAACGGAUGUGUCAUCAAUGGACAUUUGGACUUCUCUUCCACGACUCAGAUCAAUGGGAUGGAAAGCAGGAAUAACCAGUGCUUAACAGGAUCUAAUGGAAUUAGCAAUGGAUUAGUUCCAGGACCACCAUUUCCGAGUAGCCAGGGUUCUCUCUGUGUUAAUGGGACUGAGGAGCCAGAAAAGACCAUGAGCGUUAACCCUGAGAUGUGCGGUUCUCUGCACCUGAAUGGGAGUCCAAGUAGCUGCAUAGCUAAUAGACCUUCCUGGGUGGAAGAUAUUGGGGAAAAUUUGCACUAUGGACAUUACCAUGGGUUCGGGGACACUGCUGAAAGCAUCCCUGAGCUUAAUAGUGUAAUAGAGCAUUCCAAUUCUGUGAAGGUGGAAGAAAGGUACGACAUUGCCGUCCUGGGUACCAUGAACCUCUACCAUGGCUCUUAAAGGCAAGUGGCCGGGCUCUGUCUGGAAGCAUUAAUCCUUCCUAGUAACCAACUCAGAAUACUAAUGUAGCAUCAAUUUUUAAAGGAAUGCCACGACUUGUCCUAUUUUUUUAUACUUUGACUUUCUGAAAAAGCAAACUUGUAUUUAUACAAGUUCCUCGUGAGUCCUAGUGAAAGCACGAAUGGGGCAUAUUUAGUGCAUCAGAGUUUCUUCUGUAGGUAGCGAGACUCUGACGAUGCACUUUUGGAAUUUAAUUUUUCUGCUGCCAAUCUGUCACCAUAAAUUGGCAAUUUUUCCUUUUGUCAUAUCUCAUAAAGAUAAAUUGGAGGCAGUUAAAGAGGUGCUUGGUAAUUUAACUCUUUGCACAUGGGCAUCAUUUUGAAAAGCUUGCUUUUUCCUCAUUCCUGCAGAAUUUUUGAGAGAAGACAGCUAUUUCCCUAUGCAAGGUCCAGCCUUACAAAGAUGACUUGCAGUGAUUUGUAUGAAGAAAACAUUUGUGCUUUUCAAAGUUCUUUCAUUGAAACUUUGCAACUUGACUUAUAAAGGUCUCGCUUGUAGACAACACAGUGGUUUGGACACAUAAGUCAUGUCCCUUCUUUCCUGAUUUAACUCACUGCCUGGGUUUCAUUGAAAACACAUGCAGCCAGGGACUGACUUCUGAUUGAUUGUUUUUAUUACACAUUUCCUACUUUGUCUCUAGAAUUUUUACCGCAGAUAACGGUUUCCUUUAUAUGUAGUGGAAGUUACUAUUCGUAGGAACUGUCAGGUCAAAAUGUGUAACUGACCAUUCUGACUUAUAUUUUCUUUGUUUUUGUUUUUCUGGGGGUUUUCUGCUUUAAAAUAUAUACCACUAUGUAUAUCCAGUAAACAGAGAGAAUUUUGAAUCUCUUUUAAUAAAAUUGUUAAGUUUAUGGUUUUAUAGAAAUUAGCUUUUGUUUAGGUGACACUGUGGUUACACUGUGCAAAUAUUAUAAUGGGUUUUUACUUUUCUGAUUUUUGUAAUAAAAAUUGGUGAAGAUAGAGAAAAUGUCAAAUGAACAAGCCAAUGUUCUAGCGUGUUACUAACAUUUUGUGUGUUUUUUUUAAACUGUCCUUUACAAAUUGAAUUAAAAAAAUCCUCUCACACUCAA